AUUAUCAUGGACAGAUGGCCUUUUCCAAGAGAUCCAACGUGGGAUGAUAUGAUGCGAGAUUUUAAUCGAUUUAAAAGCGGCAUAAAACCAUACUGGAGAGAAGCUGAUCACUCUGUAAUGCAUGUGGGAGAGGAAGCUAUCAAUGACGACAAGAAGUUUGCCAUCACACUAGACGUGUCACAUUUCCGACCAGAAGAGCUGAACGUUCACCUUGAUGGAAGAGAACUCAUUGUUGAAGGAAAGCACUCUCGUCGAGACGGGGCCAGUUCCAUGGAAAAAUCCUUCGUUCGAAAAUGGACGAUUCCCAGCGAUGUCAGUCUGGAUGCAAUUCAUUCAAGGCUCAGCGCAAAGGGGCACCUGUCUGUCGAGGCCCCCAAGGAAGUUGCACAGAUCCCACAGAAGAGGAUAAUUCCUAUCGUGUCCAUAGCGGCUCAUAUGAUUGUAAUUGUGCCCUGA